CGGGAACGUCAGGGGAAAGUGGAAACGAGGCGGAGAAAAUGAGUGUAGUGCUUCUACCUUGCUAGUAGUGGUGUGACUGUUCACGGUGUUGGGUUGACGGGGAUGUGAAGGGGAAAAGACAGACGAAAAGUUUAUGGAAUUAUACCCUCUUCACAAGUGCUUAGUUUUACAAAACAAGGAUUAUCACCGCCAGAAGAAAAGUUACACAGUGGGCCAUGCAGAGCCAGGCUAUGUUCCUGCGGUGGUGAGCUCCUGCUCCAGCUAGCAAUUUCACCGUGAUGGCGUCAGAGCGAGAGGGGCGUGGGCUGCCCAUUGCCCCAGGCCAGGUGUACAUCGAGGUGGAGUAUGAUUAUGAGUACAAGGCCAAGGAGCGCCAGAUCUCCAUCCGCCAGGGAGAGUGCUACAUGCUGGUGAAGAAGACCAACGAGGACUGGUGGCAGGUCAAAAAAGAGGAGGGGACCAAGGCGUUUUACAUACCCGCGCAGUACGUCAGAGAGGUCCGCAAGGCCCUCAUGCCCCCUCCCAAGCCCCUGCACCUGGGGCAUCAUGGUGGAGGGAGCGGGGGAAACUCGCUCUUGGUCAAGGCAAGCGUCUCUAACGAGAACCUGAACGUGACCAGUUUCAGCCGGCCCUCUCCCUCGUCACCCUCCCCCUCCUCCUCGUCGGGGGUUACCCUCACCCCUCCGAGCCAGCACAGGGACGCCAACCAGAAUCCUGGUAGAGACGCUGGUAGCCUCACAGACCCCGACAGGGCCCUGGCCGACAUUAUCCAGAACAACCACACCCACCCCCACCCUCACACCCAUGGUACUGGACGAGGAUGUACCACGCUGCCCCGUGCCCAUGCCACUUCUCCUGAGCUCCGCAGGGUGCCCAUGAAUGUGGACAUGCCCCCGGGGCACUUUGACUCAGAGUGGUCGGAGAGGCGCAACGACUCGGAGUCUGGAGACGAGCUGAGCAGCAGCUCUACUGAGCACCUGCAGACUGUCUCUCCAUCGGGUCAGGGUGGUAGACCUGAGUCUCCUGUCUACUCUAACCUUCAGGAGCUGAAGAUCUCUGGGUCCAGCCUACCCCCCGCCCCCUCCAGCUCCCCACUGCAUGUCCUGGGGGACUGGGAGACCCACAAGGACCAGAACGGCAGACACUACUACUUCAACCGCGCCACCCAGGAGCGGACUUGGAAGCCCCCCCGAGCCAGGGAUGCUAGCAGUGGUAGCAGCACCCGGGGGGAGACUCACAGCAACAGCACUGGGGAGGCAGAGACAACUCCACCUCUCUCUUUCUCCCCGUCCUUCCUUCCACUCCUCUCGCUCUCCAUUGGACGCUUCCAGCCUCCGUCGUUGGAGGACAACUGCCACAGCACGUAUUCUAGCCAAUCAGACAGCCAGUAUGGCUCCCCGCCCCGGGGUUGGUCAGAAGAGCUGGAUGAGCAUGGACACACUCUGUAUGUUAGUGACUAUACUAAUGAGAAGUGGAUAAAGCAUGUGGAUGAACAGGGCCGACCCUACUACUACAGUGCUGACGGCUCAAGAUCUGAGUGGGAGCUGCCCAAGUACAACCAUUCCCCUUCUCCCCUGCCGGGCGGAGGAGACACCCCUAAGAGCCGCAGUCUGGACAGGAAGCAUGUAGAGCCCAUCGUCCUGACCAAGUGGAGACACAGCACCUACGUACUGGACACCAACGACAAGGACGCUGAGUUGGGCCCCAAGGUCCCCGGCUCUCCUGACUCCAACUGCUCAGGCCCCACGUCCCCCAAGCCCCCAACCUCUCCUUCAGAGAAGUGUGGUGUUCUCAAUGUGACCAAGAUCACUGAGCAUGGCAAAAAAGUACGGAAGAAUUGGACGUCGUCCUGGACAGUCCUCCAGGGCUCCUCGCUACUAUUCGCUAAAGGCCAGGGGGGCGGGACCAGCUGGUUUGGAGGCAGUCAGUCCAAGCCAGAGUUUACUGUGGACCUUAGAGGAGGAUCUAUAGAGUGGGCUUCCAAGGACAAGUCCAGCAAGAAGCAUGUCAUAGAGCUGAAAACCCAUCAGGGCACAGAGCUGCUGAUCCAGUCAGAGAAUGACAGCAUCAUCAACGACUGGUACAGAGCACUAAUGGACACCGUCAGCACACACGCCUGGGAGUCAGAUGAGGCCAUAGAGGUGGACAUGCCAGAGUCUCCUGGAGCUGAGAAACAAGACAAAGAGAAAGACCACAGAGACUCUAUGAGCAGAGCCAUGAAGGGUCCCACCAGUAUGGACACGUCAGAUGACAAGAAGACCAGACACAAGCUUAUGAAGUUCCUCACACGCAGACCCACUCUGCAAGCGGUCAGAGACAAGGGCUACAUCAAAGACCAGGUGUUUGGCUGCAGUCUGAGUGACCUCUGUCGGAGAGAGAACGCGUCCGUGCCAAGUUUCGUCACAAUGUGCAUCGACCACGUGGAAAACAAUGCUCUGAAUGUGGACGGGCUGUACAGAGUGAGUGGGAACCUGGCGGUCAUCCAGAAACUACGCUUCGCUGUCAAUCAUGAUGAGAAGGUGGACCUUGAGGAGGGAAAAUGGGAAGAUAUCCACGUGACUACGGGAGCGUUGAAGAUGUUCUUUAGAGAGCUACCUGAACCGCUCUUCACUUACAACUUAUUCCAUGACUUUGUCAACGCCAUCAAGAUGCCAGACUACAUGCAGCGUGUCCAGUCUAUCAAGGAGCUGGUCAAACAGUUGCCAAAACCUAACCAGGACACCAUGCAGGCCCUCUUCAAACACCUCAGGAAGGUGAUUCACCAUGGCGAGGAGAACCGUAUGACGACCCAGAGUGUGGCCAUAGUGUUUGGCCCCACCCUGCUCAGACCUGAGACAGAGACCUGGAACAUGGCUGUACACAUGGUCUAUCAGAACCAAAUAGUAGAGCUCAUCCUUCUGGAGUAUGAGGGCAUCUUUAGGUAGAGACCAGAGGGGUGACUUUUCCCGAUGUACAGAUCUAGUAUCAGUUUCCCCUCCCCCAAUCCUAACCUUAACCAUUGGUGGGGAAAAUGCAAAACUGACCCAGGAUCAGCAACUUCACCCUUGUUUAUCGUUUUCUGUUGCAAAACAUUUUGUUACGGUCUAUGGUAAUGAAUACAACCCAGGCCUACUCUCUGAACACCACCACCAUCACCAUACAGAGCUCUCAACCCAGCCCAGCCCAGCCCAACCAGACCAAACCCAAGCCUCACCUUCCUCUAACACGUGGUCAUUCACAGCACACCUCAGAUUCCAUCUCCCACAGACCAAACCUGUAUGAAUACAUGGUAAAGACAAAGGUGGACUUAUUAUCCACAACCAAUAAACCAACUAAGUUGAGACUCUUUGCACUUAGCUGCAAACUUGUAUGCUUCCCCCCUCCUCUUCUCACAAUGGCUGGAUUUGUGGGACUUUCUGCAAAAUACAAAAAUCCACUUCUGUCCAUACACUGGAUUUCCAUGGCCAGUAUCUGAGUUAGCCUCUCGCCUGGAUAGACUGGCCGAAUGGAGGAUACUGGCCGGAUGGAGCGUUGAAGAGAGGACAGACAAUAUAUUAUGGUUAGGGUGGAGUAGCAAACUGGAUAUGUUCAGGAUAGGUGGGUCUGUCAGGCAGGCCUCAGUAGCCUCAGUCUCCCCACAGUGGCAUCAGUAUUGCAGGGGGAGGGUUUAUCUAUCCACUAUUCUGGCUGCACUACAGACAGUAUUUAGCCUACACUGUACAGGAUAUUUAUCUGUUAAGGACAUACAGACCAUACUGUAUAGAGAGGUCUGUCUGUCUGUCUCUUGCUUGGUCUCUCUGUCUACUGGGACACCCUCAGCUCCUCUACCAACACAAUGUCUGCGUCCCAAAACGACUGAACAGAGCCCUAUGGGCCUUGGUCAAAACUAAAAGUAGUGAGCUAGAGAAUGAAUGAAUGGCUGUAAAUAAAGUGGCUUUGUCUCCCUCUGCUGUUUCUAAAGUACAGAGCUGGGAGAGUGUGAGUGAGUCCCAAAUGGUUCUCUAUUCUCUAUAUAGUGCAUUAUCAAAAGUAGUGCACUUUAUAGGGUAUAGGGUGCCAUUAGAUACGUAGCCUGUAUGUCAUGUAAUGAGCUAUGUGGUAGACUCUUUCCUCCUAAUACAGCCCUGUGUGUGCGUGCCUGUGUAAAGGCCACAGCACGCAUCAGAAAUGAUCCAUCACCUCUAAAAUACAGACUUCUUUUCUCUCUCUCUCGCUCUCUCUCUCGCUCUCCUCUGGAGAUACUGGAAGCAGUCAGUUGUUCACUACUCAAAGGUAGUGCACUAUAUUAGGGAAUAUUGGUGCCAUUCAGGAUGCAGCCACUGACUCAUGUUUUUCCUUCAGCCAUUCAUACCAAAACUACUCUGCUUCUCUGGUUUUUAGAACAAAUCCUCUCCUAUCAGUGAGAGAACUUAAAAACACAUAAAUGUUACUCAGAUGUGUAUAUCUUUGACUGGUGGUAAAUGUAUGAUAAUAAGGCAAGCAACCUUUAAUAAAAUGUAUGUAAGUUCUAUUGAAAAUAUGUGUAAAGCUGUAGUGUUUGGAUGCGUUCCAAAUGGGACUUUUUCCCUUUAUAGUGCACUACUUUUGACCAGAGGCCUUGUCAAAAGUAGUGCACCAUAAAGGGAAUAGGGUGCCAUUUGGGACGUAACCUGUGUGAAUGUGUGUGUAUGGACGGGGGACUGAUGGACGGGAAAUAUGUUGUACAGAAGUCUGAUAGUAAUUAAAGUAUGUAUGACUUUAUAUGGUGACCAUUAGAAACUUGGGGAAACAAACAUGUAUAUUUAAGAUCCAUUCCACAAAAAUUAUAUGAACUGUUUAGGGUUGAAAAAUUCCAGUAACCUUCCUAAAAUUCCCAGGUUUUUCAGAAAUCACUGUUGGGAGGAUUCUCCGGAUAUUCAGCGAUUUCCUCCUGAUUCCGGGAACAUUCAAACCAGGAUUGUUGGAAAGCCUGAGAAUUUUGGGAAAAUUACUGGAAUUUGACAAACUAUUAUAUUAACUGGGGUUUUAAAAGUUUACCUGUAUUUUCGGUAAAUGGCACAUUUUGAAUGUAAUUAUUUUCCAAACUAACUGCUGUCCAUGACUUCUUUGUUUAAUUGGAAUAAAGGCCUCCAUUGAGACCCUGUAAAAACCUG